GUGUGAUAUCCUGCCUGGCUUUUAAUCCUGAUCGUUCAGGUUUAUAUGCUGCGGGUUCUUAUUCACAAUCAAUUGGGCUUUAUGAUGAAUCCAAUACCGAGUUAUUAUUCCUUUUAUGUGGAGCACAGAAUGAACCAAUUGGAGGUGUCCAAUUUUCACCUUCUGGUAAUUAUUUAUUUUCGACAUCACGAAGGAAUAAUAGCAUUUGUUGCUGGGAUAUCCGUAAUUCUGGUGAAAUUUUAUAUCGUCUACAAAGACGAGGUGAUACGAAUCAGAAGUUAUCAUUUGAUAUUGACUAUUCCGGAAGAUUCUUGAUUACUGGCGAUCAAGAAGGAAAUAUUAUAGCUUACGAUUUAGCUGAUCUUGAUGAUGGUGGUGUUCCACAUCAGUUUAUGAUUGUAGAUGCCGUUUCGGCAGCAACAUUCCAUCCUUAUUCACCCCUUAUCGCCUCUUGUUCGGGCCAGAGAAAGUUUGACUUUUUGAUGAACGGCAACACUAAAAUCAAUUUCCCAGAGAAUAAUGAUAAAUUAGAUUCAUUAGAAACUGGUAUUGUUGAAGAUAAUUCUCUUAAAAUAUGGAAAGUUGAAGGAAAUUUUGAAUGGCAUCUUUACGAGCAAGAUCUAAGUCAGUCAAGCCAAUUAUAA